UGUCAGGAGGACGCAGGAAUGUGAGUCUGUCGCUCUGUUAAAGGCUGGAAACACAAAACUGCGGGGCUGUCUCUGCUCUUUGCUUUCUCUGACAACAUUGAGUGUCUGUGUUGUGUUCGUGCAACUCCUCAGCUGUUGUAAAAAUGUCUCCAAAUCGAUGAAAGACACUGUGUAACCCGCUGCGGACUGAAGUUUACUCGGGCCGCCCCUCGCCAUGGCCUCUCUAACCGUAAGCUCGGCGGCUCAGAGCCUCGAGAAGCAGCGCAUGUCCUUCUCGCUGCUCUUCUACCGGGCUGUCCGGGACCUGAAGCCGGUCUGGAUGCUGGAGGACGUUCGGACCAUGGAGACUUUUUACCAGGAGGAGGACUCCAGCCUGAGGAUUUACACUCCGUCGGAGGCGUUGCUGUACGCGAUAGUUCACGAUCACCAGGCGUACGCGCAGUAUCUGCUCAACCGCUUCACCGACGAAGCGCUAGCAAAGCCGGGGGAGCGCUUCUGCUGCUGCCCGUCCUCCGCCCCGCACCUCGCUAUGGCUGUCCGCUACGACCGGCGCUACAUUCUUGGCCUCAUCUUACAGGAGACUCACCGGACACCCAGCGCGCCAUCGGAGCGAGCCGGCUGUUUCCACACGGAGGACGGCAGGACACCUCUCCACCUGGCCUGCGAGCUGCUGCGGCCCGAGGCGGUGCUCAUGCUGCUGGGGAGCGGAGCCUCCCCGCACGCGCUGGACCACAACGGCUUGACUCCGCUGGACGUGAUUCUGGAGAAACUCAGGGACUCCAAGGAGGCGAACAGCGGCGGGAGGAGGCAGUGUUUAGACAACCUGCUCCUGUUUAUGCCAAAGGUUCACUUUAAAACGAAAGCCGCUUUAAAGAGAGAGCCGGAGCUGUGGCGCGAGCUGCUGGGAGAGGACACGUUCAUGUACCUGGCUGGAGGCAGCCCUGCCCCGCUGGUCCUCUCCGCCAUGCAGACUAUUCUCAAGCAGCUGAGCCCUGCGACUUUCCCGGACAGCCUGCACGAGCUGCCCAUCCCCUCCUCCCUGAAACCACCAGGCCUGCCUGUGACCCCCCGGGACAGGCAGAAAGUGGUGUAGCAUCACUAUGACAGGAUGCAUGCUCCAUAUUCUCUUUUUGCAUGAUGGGUGUGGGUGUGUGUGUGUGUGUGUGUGUGGGUGUGUGUGUGUGUGUGUGUUUAAAGCGGUAACACUUCAUUAUAGGGCUUCACAAAUAGGGAUCAAAUGAAUCAGGGAGCAAAUGAAUGAAUCUUAUCUACAGAUGUACCACUGAUUGAAUUUACUGGAAGGGUGAUUGGACUGUAGAGGCAACAAAACCAGGGAAUAAAUAGCCAUAUUCUUAAUUUUUUUUAACACUAAUACAGGCAUUAACAAGCAGUUUAUUUGUCUAAGCUCAUUCUAAAGUGUUACCUACUGCACUGUAAAAUCUGACAAGUUGAUCAUAUUUAAAAUAAUCUUGGGAACCGAUUGCCUUGAAAAAAGAACAGCA